ACAAAAGAUAUAGAUUUCACUUGGAUAAGCAUUCACGCAACAGCCCAUGAAAUGUCGGAUCCAAUUUCAUAUAUUGGAUCUUCUUUAUCUGAAUCAUUAAAAAAAAAAGAAAACGAAACUGAAGAAAAAGCCACUACCGCUACAUGUAUACAUACAUUUGCUUCUGCAAAUUCAAAAGCUCCGAGGACUUUCGAUAAAAUAGUCGAUCCAAAAAGAUUGUGGUACGAAAGCGAUCUUAGUUCUUCGGAAGAGAGUGAAAAUUCUUCGACAAAGCCGCCAUUGUCUAAAAAGAAGCGUAUUAGCCUGAUUUCUUCAACAUGUAUUCUUGAUAAGCUCGAUUGCAAUUUGUCAAAGAAAAAUGGUGGUUCUACAAAUAGUCAACCUUCAGCCAAACCUAAAGAAGGACACAAACAAAGCAUUCUUUCCAACCGAACUUGUCACAACACUUAUGAUUCUUCACAAGACAGUGAUGGUACUACUACUUCAGAGACUGGCGAAGUUAGUCUUUCCUCUUCUGAAAGUGAUAGCGACGACUCUUUUAAUGAUGAUACUGAGGACGAAGAUGAUAAUGCUGCUGAAGACGAAGAUUGGAAUCAUUUACUUAAUGCAACAUUUUUCAUCAUAUGUUACGAUUGA